AGAGAUCAAAAGUGAUGUUUGGCCCUUUCUUGGGCAAGAGCGAGCAUAUCACAAUCAUCAUUGGCGAUUCUUCAUCAACGGAUGAGCAAACACGACGUGAACGUUUUUGGAACUCAGUGGAGUUUGUGACGAGUUUUGUCCAGAUUGUUGCAGCCAUAGUAGUUUUAACUCGAGCAAAAGAUGAACAUCCAGAGACGACAUGGAUCAUUGGUUAUGCUUGUGGUUGUAUUGCAACUCUACCUAUACUAUAUUGGCGUUAUUGGCACUACCAAAAUUUUGUCUCAGAGAUAAGAAUCAACGAUGUGGUGGACACUUUGAGUAGGAUAGUUACAUAUUUCUUCGUGGGUUGGUUUGUGUUGUUCGUAUGUGUUUUCUUAAUUGGCAACUCAUCUCUAGAUCAUACAAGUCAACCCUUCGGGUUAUGCAUGGUUUUUCUUGCUUUCGUCUCCAUGCGACAUGUUAUUCCUAAUCUAAUAUGGUCAAUAAUAUUUUUCUGUUGUCAUGGAACUUUAUGUAUUGAUGAACUUUGCUCUUUGGGAAGGUAUUAAAGCGUACAUCAACGAAUAAUACAGUGGUGUGGAUCAUAUGUUAUUUUCUUCUUUUCAAAUACAGUUCUUGCAAUACUCUCUAUAAAC